AUUCUAAUAUCCUUGGUACCUAUAUAUUCGUAUAACCAAAAAGCAAUAAUGGCAUUCAACAACACUGAAAUUCAACCCAUGUCCUACUUCCGCCUGGAAGAGCACAGCAACGUGAUCUUGGCCCAUGUAUUUGUCAUGAUCAUAACUUGGGUUUUCCUUUUGCCUGCUGUUGUCAUGCUCAGCAUCGCUCAGUCGUGGCUUCGCACGCCGCUGCAAGCGACUUUCUUCAGCUUGAAUCUGUUCGGAGUCUUACUGGGAGUGACUUACAAUCGCCAAACGCCUAAUUUGUACGAGAAUGAGAAACAUGGUCUGCUAGGAUGGGUGAGCACAUUCCUCGCCGCUGUAUGGCUGGCCUGUGGUCUGGUAUUGUCGUACCUCCGGCUCAAGCGCAGAAUACAAGCAGAAGAUCCCAUCUACUCUCCUAGCUCGGAUGUAUCGCAAUCGCCCCUGCUAUCUGACGAGCUGGCAGGAUCAAGUUUCGAGUAUCGAGAUAUUGGCCCCAGCGAUGAAGACAUGGAUGCGGCAAACUCCAUUUGCAAGGCGCGAGAUCUUUCGCCCCGAACUAAAUACAGUCUACGGUCGUCGCAGUCGAUAAAAAGUCUUCUCGUGGUGACUGUAGCCAUUAACGACUGGCUGAUCUUGCUUCUCGGCUUCUCCUGCGUUACCACUGGUGCAGCUGUGUACGGCGGGAUGUUCCAAGGACAUAACAUAUUCACCGGAUUAGCUCACUUUAUCAAAGGCGGGAUCUUUGUCUUCUGUGGGCUCCUCACCUUUGGGCGCUGGCUGGGAAGCUUUGCAAAGUUGGGAUGGGCAUGGAACAAGAAGCCACACAACAAGUCGACAAGAUUGUGGUUAUCUAGUGUCCCUUCAGCAGAGUUUGUAGAGUGUCUGUUGAUAUGUCUGUAUGGCGCCUCGAACAUCUGGCUCGAGCAUCUGAACAACCUUGGUGGCGACUGGUCAACGGCUGAUAUACAACACGUCUCUAUCACGGUUAAGUUUUUCGGAGGAGGACUGCUCGGGAUGCUCAUCGAGUCCCGGAUAGUUCCCAAGGUGACAACUACACCACGCCCAAAGUCCGAUCGGUACGAGCUUCCAAUGAACCCAAUGCCCGCAAUUGUGAUCUACCUGCUGGGUUCAAUCAUGGGCGAACACCACCAAGCUUCUACGGUCAUAGCCAUGCUUCACAAAAGGUGGGGCGAGCUUUUCAUGGGAGCUGCCAUCGCCAGAAUUGCGACCUACUGCAUUCUAUACCUGAAGCCUCCCAGCGAUGACAGCCCCCAAAGACCGUUCACGGAAAUUGUCACUAGUUUAUGCCUUGUGUCGGGAGGCAUAGUCCUUAUGAUAAGCAAUAAAGAUACUGGCAAGAUGCUCGAGGGCAGUUCGAUAGAUGCUAUAAUUGUUUUUAACAUUGCUGUAGGCACCACAGCGAUCUUAAUGGCAUGGACUGCGGUCUGUCUAGCGAUCAAGGACGCGGCAAAGCGGAGAGGAAGUCGUGUAUGCUAAGAUAGUCUAUUAUCCACUAUGCACUGCUCCCACUACCGAUUCGACAUCACAAGGCAAAGCAUUCGUCUUGAAGAUGCUGGUGGGGGAAUUUUCGCCAGGGAUUGUGACAUUCCUGUUAUGCAUUAGCAUCCAUUCCUGCACCCCACAGUCGCACUUUGUGAAGCAAGCAUGGGGGCUC